GAAAGCAGGUUUUAUCUUCCAAGGCUUCCAUCUUCCUGGGAAGAGAAGAAGGAGUAGAUACCAUCGAAACACUCUGCAGGGCAUUUAAUGCUGAACACCUAAAAAACCAUAUGCUGGAUAUUUUUCAAGAUCUCAAAGGACGUCGCAACCUUACAACAGCGGCAGCUGCUGUCUUCAUCUUUGUAUAUCGAAAAGAGAAGGGCAUUUCCAUCAAGCAAAUUGCACCUGUUCUAAAUGUAACCCCUCCGGUUACUCAUUAUCAACUUGGCGCUACUCUGAAAAAACUAGAAAGGUACCUCAAAGAGUUGCCUGAACCGCCUCAACUCACAAACAAAUCAACAACCACAUGUGAAGCUGGAAGUUCAAGAUCCAUCCCUGUAGUUCUCCACCAUGCCCGUUCAGUUCUACCCAGCCUUAGAAUCCACGAUCCUUUCAAGUCGUCUGUGGAAAUAACUGAACGGGUCUACAACAUCACAAACAACAUCGUUUCAAUUUUUGAUCGGCGGACCAAGCAAAGUUUCGACCGUCGCAUCAUCACCAUCGCCGCAGGCUUCCUAGCAUGGCAAUCAUGUCAUUAUUAUGACAAGAACUUCAACAGCGAAGUGCCAUUCAAAGAACUCAUCGAACCAAAUAAGAAAGGCUAUUUUCAGAAGUAUUUGACGUUAACUAACCUUGACAUCGGCGAUGGAACUGCCAACCACAUCAAAAGGAGUGUCUUACAAAUUUCGAAGGAAUUGUUACCGCUCUUCCAACACAUGACUUGGAUUGAGAAAGAGGGUAAAUGCACUAACGACAUACCCAAGUAUCUGGAGCAAAUCUUUCAAUUCCAAGAUAUUGCUAUUGAAGCGUUGUACCAGGAAGAAGAGACGGCAAGGAUCAAUGAGCCCAUCACUGCACCUGUUAUACCAAGAGAACUAACCGCGGAAGAAGAAGCGAUCUUGGAUGCGCCCGAUUUGAAUGAAAACGAUUUGCCAGAUGCUGAAUUACGCAAGUAUUUUUUCUCAGAACGGGAACUGAAUCCCUUGAACGUCAGUCUAUCGUUGUCUGCCGACUUGGAUUCGGAACUCGCCGAGCCGAACAAGAAAGGAAAAAAGAAACGAUCGAAGUCUAAACCCACCGUUUAACCCCAAAGAUGGCUUUUUUUGUCGCAAUCUUUUCAACUUUAUUUUAUUGUUUAAUUUACAAAAUUCCAAACUUUUGAAAAAAUUCCCGACACUCUCCCUUUUGUUAUUUUCCGUACUUUUGUUACCGUCUGAACUGAACGCUUGGUUACUCAGCAUGGAGAAUAUAUUUUUCUAGAGAAAGGACGAAAUUAAAAAAAAAAAAACAGCUGCAAAUGUGUUUGUGAAGGGGAAUCCCAGCCAUUUACUUUAACUUUAAGGAGUCAAGCAUCCGCUCUUCUUCCAACUUUUUUCGUCCUUUAUUUCGACAUGACGUUUUCUCUUCCUCUUCUUCCUGUGUUUUUUUUUCUUCUG